AUGGUUCCAAUUACCUAUGUCAAAAUAUAAAAUAAACAUCAAGAUAGUGUGAUUGACGACGCAGAAGAACUUCUCGGAGAAGGUUUUGAAGAUCACGAAACCCCAGCACUGCAAGACGAACAAAGUAUAACCUCCGCGUUGACCACUAUGAGCCAAGCUAUUGCAGCCAUGAGUGAAUCACUCAAAGGCUUGCAGUCAUCUCAGGAUCCCUUCCAAACGGCAGAAUCUGCCCGGAAGAGGAAUGCCAGCGACUCACAGCCUGAAUCAGGCCAAGGGUCCUCUAGCGAAACGCUCCUUGCCUCGACCGAGAACGGGCCAGAGAAAAAGAAACGACCAAACGACGAAGACGAGGCUGACCCUUUGCUUGAUGAUCACUCAGGUCCUUGAGGAAACGGAGAAAACCUCUCCUAAAAUUACACCACAGCUUGCCAACAUUAUAAACAAGCGGUGGUUAAACAAGCUCAACGAUGACCAGCUUAAAGAACAACACAAUAAAUACUUUCGACCGGAAAAUUGCGAGCGACUCAUCGUCCCGAAAGUUAACCCAGAAAUUUGGAGCAAACUUGACCGCUCUACGAGAGGGCGCGACCUACAACUGAGCUCCCUUCAAUCAGCGUUGACAAAAGUUGGCCAUAUAACAGCGCAAACCACCAAUACUCUACUAGCUGCUCGCGCUGACUCCAGCGCCCUCGAUAUUGCUCAGUUAGUCCGCAUGAAUGCCGAUGUUAUUGCCCUACUGGGACACAUCAGCUUUGAGUUAUCACAGAGACGACGCGAUGCUAUACGGCCUCAACUCCAUCGCGAAUUCAGUCCAUUGUGUGCGUCUCAUGUUUAAAAAGGGUGUUGGUGCAAAAUAACAGCAGGGUGGUCGUCAUGUGAUCAAAUCUAAUCUUCUGGCAAAAUUAGUAAAUUACAGACAUGGAGGUUUGCUUAAAACUGAUUCCUCGUAAUUGUUACAAUACCUACAGUUCAGUAGUUCUUGGUUUGUUUGUAGCAAUUGGUGUUGUUCUAAUUGGAAUCGCGAGUGAUUACGAGUCGAAAUCAAGUCUGGAAUGUGACCUCACGAGCUCUUUAUUCAAGGGGAAGUACAUUGAAACACAAUGUCGUCUUCAAUAUGCCCAAGAAUUCCUCCCUUCGUUAUCUCUCAAUGUCCAGAUUGUGAUAAGCUUUGGACUUGUCGUUGUGUUGAGCGUUGUUUAUGGUUACCUGGUGAAACAUAGAGUCGACAUCUUCGCAAAUAAUCCAAACACAACGACGAACGAGGGUGUAGAAGAAAGCCAGUCACUACAGUCUGAAGCAUCGCCAGCCACACCGGAAGUCUAUCGAGGUAGUAAUCGUCGUUAUUUUGUAUUUAUGGCUUACAUAAUCCAUUUGAUCGUUUGUCGUAUAAUACCACUGACAGUAUUCUCUGCAUUUCUCUUAACCUCGUCCAAUUUUCCGACCCAUUUUGAAUGUCCUGUGCCCAAUAUGAAAACAACAACUAGUACUUCCCAUGAGAACGUCACACGGUCAACUACGAAUUCUUCAUUUGUGGACUGCACUUAUUCAAUGGCUGGGAAGAAACAAUAUGUUGUUGUCGGCUUUAUCACGAUAAAUUUUCUCCUGGAUACAGUGACACUCGUUGAGAUUGUUUAUCUGUUGUGGUCGGCAUUGAAGAGACCAACUUUCCAUACUGAUCAGGAGUUCAUUAGCGUGUACCUUUUACGAAAACGAACCAAAACUAUCCUAGAAAUAAACGAAAUAAUUCAAUCAAUGCAAUCUAAAAAUUUAUUUGACCUGACUGCGAUCUUUGGAGGGAAACGUUUGUCAGAUCGAAAACUGGAGGAGAUCUAUAUUAAUGUUAUGAUUCAAGAUGGAAGGGAAACAACCUAUAAUUCCAGGAGAAGAUAUAAAGAUAGACAUGAGAUUUAUAAAGCUCGUUUAGAAAAACUCCCUAAUGCAAAACCCCUCGAUAGUACAGCAGAAUUAUUUCAAGCAGCAGAACCUGAGAAACAACCUAGAACUGUUCUUGUGGUGGGUAGACCUGGAAUUGGAAAAACUCUACUGACAAGAAAAAUAUUUCAGGAGUGUCAAAAACGCUUAGAAAGAUUCUGGCAUGGAAGAAUUGUACUAUUGAUUCAACUGCGUGAUUUUAACAAGGGAGAAACAAGUCUUAAAGAAAUAUUAAGUCAGGUUCAUGGUUCUGUUAUGCCAGCUCAUUGCAACAUGACCAUCUAUGAAUAUGUUUGCAGGAACCCAAGUGAUGUGAUUCUCGUUUUUGAUGGCUUAGAUGAACUUAAAGUUGACAAAACUGAUGAGAAGAUCGUAAACAGCCCAGACAAAGUGUGUCAUAUUUUUCUUAUCCUUAAACAGCUGGUGGAAGAAAAACUAUUGCCUGGAGCUACUGUGUUAAUCACAUCUCGACCUACAGCAGAAGAUAUUUAUCAGUAUCUAAAGUUUGAUCGGGAAGUGGAGAUACUGGGUUUUAAUGAGGAACAAAUAGAAAAGUAUGUUAAAAUGUUUUGCGAUAAUGAUAGGAAAAGUUCAGAGAUGUGGCAAGUAAUCAAGAGUUCGCCAGAACUAUUAAGCUUCUGUUACAUACCUGUCAAUUCUUAUAUAGUGUGCUUGACAUUAUAUGAAAGCAUUGAUUUUGAUCAACAUGUGAAGGAUGAAAGCUACAGCAAGAUUCCUAAAACAAUGACUGAACUGUACAAAAGAGCUAUAAAGAUUUUGCUGUUAAAACACAAUUCAAAAUACAGGAAUGAAAAAGUCCCAAAGGAUUACUUGACUGCAGAAUUUCCACAACUGCUUCAAACAGACCUGGACAGGUUGAAGAAAAUUGCAAGCGAUGGAAUGGAAAACGAUCAGUUAGUUUUCGAGUUUAAAAGCAGCGAUAAAUAUGUGGUUGGCUUAGCAGAUUCUGGUGUAUUUUAUCAGUUAGAAGAUAGAGAUCGGUACCUCUAUUCUUUCCUUCAUCUUACAAUUCAAGAGUUUCUAGCUGCACUACAUGUGGUUGAUGAUAUUAGAAAUGUUGAAACAUUUUUAUCUGAUCACAUUGAUGAACCCAGGUGGCAUUUGGUGAUCCAGUUUGUAGCUGGAUUACUUGCAGAUAGGAUGGUGGGGUCAAGGUCAGCAGAGCUAGAAGACAAUGAACUGAAUGAAGUGAUUGAACGUACAUGCAAAAGAUUUCAAGACUGGAUGCCAAAGAAACGACGUAUUGACGAGAGUAAUGACAAAGGUUUACUCGUGAUAAAAAGUGUUUGGGAAAUGCAAGAAGAUCGCGUCAUGAAAAUGAUUUCAUCGUUUGCGUCUGAGGAUGAUCAUGAAACAUUUACUUUGCAUGGAUUAAAUAUUGCACCAGCAGAAUCUAUGGCUUUGUUCAAAUUUUUAAGCCACAUCAAGAACUUGAAAAAGCUUGAAAUCACUCAUUGUACUGUGACGAACAUUACUAUCCGUGAAUUGGCUGAGUUUUUGAAGAAAGAUAACCAUGACCUGGAGAGUGACAACUGUGAACUUACUGAACUAAAUGUAAGUGGCAAUGAUUUAACAACUGAAGGUGCUAAAUAUUUAAGUGAUGCUUUGAAGAAUGACAACUGUAAACUUACUAAACUAGAUGUAAGUGGCAAUGAUUUAAAAACUGAAGCUGCUAAAUAUUUAAGUGAUGCUUUGAAGAGUGACAACUGUAAACUUACUGAACUAUAUGUAAGUGUCAAUGAUUUAAAAACUGAAGGUGUUAAAUAUUUAAGUGAUGCUGAUGCUUUAAAGAAUGACAACUGUAAACUUACUGUACUAGAUGUAAGCCACAAUGAUUUAAAAACUGAAGGUGCUAAAUAUUUAAGUGAUGCUAAAUAUUUAAGUGAUGCUUUGAAGAAUGACAACUGUAAACUUACUAAACUAAAUGUAAGUAACAAUGAUUUAAAAACUGAAGAUAUUAAAAGUUUAAGUGAUGCUAAGAGUGACAACUGCAAACUGUUUUACUAAAUGUAAAGUCGUAAUGGCUGCAAUCUUGUAAAAUGCGUCAAAUGUUUUUGUUAAGCUGUAUAUAACAGGCAAAUCAUAUUAAUAUUUUUCUACACGACACAUUGGUUAUUUUACUCUCAUAGUUUUUUAUACGAGCAAAUGUUAUUUGAAAUGUUUUUUGUGGAAUAUAUUUUGCCUGUGUUGAUGAGAAGUUUAUGAGAAAUUUAUGUUGGAUUUUUUUACCAAUAAAUUUAGUAAAUCAGUUUGCAUUUCCACUGUUUAAAAAGUCAAUCAGUGUUUGUAGUUUCUGACAAGGUUUUUAUUGCUUUGUAAAUAGUUUCUUGAUUGUAUAUGAUUGUAAUUCUAAUAAUUUGUAUUUUGUAGUUUAAAUAAUUUGUAAGGUAGAUUUCUUUAAAUAAACGCACUGAACAGUUGUAUGUUUAACAUA